AUGAUGCGAAACGAACAUUGUAAUCAUUAUAGGUAUCAUCUAUCUGAUUUGUCCUUUAUAUUUUUUGUUAUACUUUCUUUCUUUCUUUCUUUCUUUAUCUAUCUAUCUAUCUAUCUAUCUAUCUAUCUAUCUAUCUGUUUUGCCCUUAUAUUUUUGUUACACUUUCUUUCUUUCUUUCUUUCUUUCUUUCUUUCUUUCUUUCUUUCUUUCUUUAUCUAUCUAUCUAUCUAUCUAUCUAUCUAUCUAUCUAUCUAUCUGUUUUGCCCUAAUAUUUUUGUUACACUUUCUUUCUUUCUUUCUUUCUUUCUUUCUUUUCUUUCUUUCUUUCUUUUUCUAUCUAUCUAUCUAUCUAUCUAUCUAUCUGUUUUGCCCUUAUAUUUUUGUUACACUUUCUUUCUUUCUUUCUUUCUUUCUUUCUUUCUUUCUUUCUUUCUUUUUUCUUUAUCUAUCUAUCUAUCUAUCUAUCUAUCUAUCUAUCUAUCUAUCUGUUUUCGCUUAUAUUUUUGUUACAUCCUUCUUUCUUUAUCUAUCUGUUUUGCCCUUAUAUUUUUGUUACACUUUUUUUUUUCUUUCUUUCUUUCUUUCUUUCUUUCUUUCUUUAUCUAUCUAUCUAUCUAUCUGUUUUGCCCUUAUAUUUUUUAUUACACCCUUCUUUCUUUAUCUAUCUAUCUAUCUAUCUAUCUAUCUAUCUAUCUAUCUAUCUAUUUUGCCCUUAUAUUUCUGUUACACCUUUCUUUCUUUCUUUCUUUCUUUCUUUCUUUAACAAACGCUUUUAUCCACUAUUUUAUUCUCGCUUUUUCCUUUUUGGUUCACUUGACACUUUUGCCAUUUUUCUUUUCCUUUUUUCCCCAAACUUAUCCUUCUUUUUGCUUCUUUCAUUCUUUUCUUUCUAUUUUACCAAGACUUAUUCUCUUCUUUAGCCUUUUGAUACAGUUUAAUUCUUCUUUUUCGUUUUUCUUUCAUAUCUUUAUUUUUCAUUAUCUCUCUUUUUCACAUUUUUCUUCAUUCUUCUUCCUCCAUUCAAUGUUUUCCUUCAUUUCUAUUCUCUCCUUUUUUCUAUUCUCUUUCAUAUUCAUCGCUUAUUCCGAGACUCAUUUCUUGCUUUGUGCAUUGUUUCUUUUAGUUCAUUCAUUCAUUCACUGA